AUCUGAGCCCCAGUCGCACUUGUGCCGGAGCAGCUCAUGACCGCUCUACCACAGAGCCCACUCGUCCCACUGCCUGCCCCAGGACAUUGAAGCACAUGGUGGGAUUGCCCAUGUCACUGUCCUGGUAGAGCUGGGUUAAUGCAGGCAUGCCGGAGGAUACAGUUUCACAACCGCAGGCUGUACACAGCCAACUGGAGAAGCCAUCAAGUACUGCAAUUCUCUGCAAUACCUGUGGAAAACCAUGCAAAGGAGAAGUUUUGAGAGUUCAGAACAAAUAUUUCCAUAUUAAGUGCUUUGUUUGCAAAGCUUGUGGAUGUGACCUGGCUCAAGGAGGAUUUUUUGUGAGACAGGGAGACUACAUCUGUACUUUGGACUACCAGAGACUCUAUGGCACACGGUGCUUCAGUUGUGAUGAAUUCAUUGAGGGAGAAGUGGUCUCAGCACUGGGCAAAACCUAUCACCCAGACUGUUUUGUGUGUGCUGUUUGCAGGUAUGUGUUCUAUGAAGUUGUAUUUCAUUUGAAAAACAGAUUUUGAAAGAGUAAUGCUAGGCAU